AUGCGGGUUCACAUGAUAUCUGCGAGUUCAUAUGCUGUUUCAAUCCUUUUAGUCGUUCUUCCAUUCGCGAGCAGUGGUCUAAUAAAUAGUAUCGGAAUCGAUAUUCGUGUCCCCCUACCCCUACCAACCAGUCAGUCCCAGCCGAAUCCGAUUUGGCAGCAAUAUGGUUUACUCGACGUCACUGCGACAAUUAAUUCAACAAUUGUGGUUGUACCUAUUCCAAUAACUCAAGCUCGAGCUAUAAUUCCGGCACAAUAUCCGAUAUUGACGGCUGCGUAUCGUGAGCUAUUGCCAGGAUGGCUGGAGGACAUGUAUCCUCUCAUCGUUGCCAUUCAACUGGAACAUGAUAUCCAUGGGUUUGGACUCACGAUUCCAGACUUUACCACCUUCCGAAUAGCCUUCCCAUUCGUCGACAUACUCAAAGACGGUUACUCGAAUUUCGUUUACGCGCCAGUGAACUGGAUAAAUCUCAAUCCGGUUGGAUUAUUGGGCCUUUCUGUUUAUGGUCUCUUCACCCCUAUCGCAAGCAUGGAUCCUCCGGGCGAUCCCUACGACUUUGUCCCGGUUUCGAAGGCUAGUGCACCUGGAGAGGUAUAUUUUAAUUUUACGGGUACCCUCAACAUUAACCAUAAAACACCAAAUGGAUAUGUCAAAUUAGCACCGGCCACGCCGGAUAUUCCAUGGAAUUUUAUUAGGAAUGUCACGAACCAACCGUUUACCGGAAACUUUCUGAUAUGCGACAACCAGAUUAGGAUCUUUAACACUUCAUUGACCCAGUUGCCGUUUGACCCCGUCCCCGUGGCUGGUAGUGUAUUCCUUGACUCUAUCAAGUAUCCACACUUAAAACUGAAUAGGAAUGAUGCAAAGGGAUGGUUAUUCGCAGCCGCUUUUAAGGAAAAUAAUUUUUUGCCUUGUUCGGUGUAUAAAGGAUACGGAGGAACCGGAAGUGGGGACUCUUUGUAA